AUGAGGACUCGUUUUCCUUCAGAUGCUUGUAAAGAGCCACUGUUAAGCUCCAUCAAUCCUCAGUCAUGGCUCCAAGUUGAAAGAGGAAAGCUCACGAAACUCUCACCUCAGUCUCCAUCUUCAUUUGAUACCCUUGUAAAGGUUCCGGAUCCCCCGGUCCUCCCACUCUACAAGCCCGUCGACUAUGUUAAAGUCUUGGCCCAAAUUCACGAAGAGCUCGAGUCGUGCCCCCCUGCCGAAAAAUCGAGCCUUUACUUGUUGCAAUAUCACGUCUUCAAAGGCCUUCGCGAGUCCAAGCUGAUGAGGAGGAGCCUCCGCUCGGCCUGGCUCAACUCGAGCACUGUCUACGAAAAGCUCAUCUUCGGGGCGUGGCUAAAGUACGAGAAGCAGCAAGGAGAAGAGAUCAUAUCCGAAUUGCUUUCCUCCUGCGGCAAAUGCAAAAACGAGUUUGGUUCAAUAGAUAUCGCCUCUGAAUUUCCUAAGAGGGAACAACAACCCCAAACCUCCAAGAACCCGACAAACCCCAUCCUUGCCCCCCGUCUCGUUUCUUUCCAAAUCGGAGACGAGAAGGUAAUUUGCGAAAGGCGGGCAAUAGCCGGGCUCUCGGUUCCGUUUCACGCCAUGCUCAACGGGUGUUUCACAGAAUCUUUCAAAAACGUCAUUGAUCUCUCUGAAAACAACAUAUCUCCUUUAGGAAUGAGAGCGAUAAACGAUUACUGCAUAACGGGAGUCUUGAGUGAUGAUGUCCCACACUGUCUUUUGUUAGAGAUAUUAGUUUUCGCAAACAGGUUCUGCUGUGAAGGCCUUAAAGAUGCCUGUGACAAGAAACUCGCUUCCUUAGUUUCCUCCAGCCAAGAUGCAAUUGAGCUCGUAGAAUUUUCACUCGAGCAUAAUUCCCCAGUAUUAGCUGCCUCCUGCCUGCAAGCUUUUCUCCUCGAACUCCCCAUAUUGCUGGAAGACGAGCGUGUGGUCAGGCUGCUAACCGGCCUCGACGGGCAGCAGAGAUCGAUCAUGGUGGGGCCCGCCUCAUUUUCCCUCUAUUCUUUAUUAUCUGAGGUUGCUUUAGAUUCCGAUCCGUCCUCCGAUUCAUCCGUUCUUUUCCUGAAGCAACUGGCGGACUGUGCCGUGACAGGUCAGCAGAAAAUGAUCGCAUUCCACCAACUGGGUUGUGUUCAUCUAAUGAGAAAAGAGUAUGAAGAGGCCGAAAGGCUGUUCGAAGCAGCCCUAGCUGAAGGCCACAUAUAUUCUGUUUCGGGCCUGGCCCGAAUAGGAGGCUUCAUCGGGGGUCGUAAAGAGUGGGCCCGCGAGAAAAUCACAUCCGUAAUAACCACCUCUUACGCCCCACCGCUCGGGUGGAUGCAUCAGGAGCGUUCGUUGUACUAUGAUGACGACGAGGGCAACAACAAUAAUUAUAAUAAUAAUAAUAAUAAUAAUAAUAAUAAUAAUAAUAAUAAUAAUAAUAAUAAUAAUAAUAAUAAUAAUAAUAAUAAUAAUAAUAAUAAUAAGUUCGAGGAGCUCGAUCGGGCUACUGAGCUGGACCCCACACUGACCUACCCUUACAUGUAUCGGGCCGCAUCGUUAAUGAGGAAACAGGACGUGCAGUCGGCUCUCGACGAGAUCAACCGGGUGCUCGGUUUUAAGCUGGCCUUGGAAUGCUUGGAGCUUCGGUUUUGUUUCUACCUAGCGAUGGAGGAUUAUCAAUCGGCUUUAUGUGAUGUUCAGGCGAUACUCACGUUGUGUCCCUGUUAUAGGAUGCUCGGAGGGCGAGUGGCGGCCAAGCAGCUUCGUGUGCUUAUACGGGAGCAUGUGGAUAAGUGGACUACGGCCGAUUGCUGGCUGCAGCUUUAUGAUAGGUGGUCUUUGGUGGAUGAUAUCGGGUCGUUGUCUGUGAUAUAUCAGAUGCUCGAGUCAGAUGCGGCUAAAGGCGUCCUUUACUUUAGACAAUCGUUGCUUCUUCUCAGACUCAAUUGUCCUGAAGCUGCAAUGAGGAGUUUGCAGUUGGCUCGCCAGCAUGCAUCGAGUGAACCUGAAAGAUUAGUUUACGAGGGAUGGAUAUUAUACGACACUGGUCAUUGUGAAGAAGGUCUACAAAAAGCAGAGGAGUCGAUUAAUCUCCAGAGAUCCUUUGAAGCUUUUUUCUUGAAAGCCUAUGCUUUAGCCGACUCGAGUCAGGAUCCAUCUUGUUCGUCUACUGUUGUCUCGCUUCUUGAAGAAGCUUUGAAGUGCCCUUCGGACAGACUUCGCAAAGGCCAGGCUCUGAACAAUCUCGGAAGUGUAUAUGUCGACUGUGGCAAGCUAGAUGCCGCAGCCGAUUGCUACAUCAAUGCCCUCAAAAUACGGCACACGCGGGCCCACCAGGGCCUGGCUCGUGUCCACUUCCUGAGAAAUGAUAAAAAUGCAGCGUACGCUGAGAUGACUAAACUGAUCGAGAAGGCAAGAAAUAAUGCGUCUGCUUACGAAAAGAGGUCAGAGUAUUGUGAGCGUGACCUCACAAAGGCAGAUCUUGAGAUGGUCACUCGUCUUGAUCCUCUUCGAGUUUAUCCUUAUAGAUAUCGCGCUGCAGUGUUGAUGGAUAACCACAAGGAGAAAGAAGCCAUUACCGAGCUGUCGAGAGCUAUAGCAUUCAAAGCCGAUCUUCAUCUUCUCCACUUGCGAGCUGCAUUCCACGAGCACAUUGGUGAUGUCAUGGGAGCCUUGAGAGACUGCCGAGCUGCACUCUCGGUCGACCCUAACCACCAAGAAAUGUUAGAACUUCAUAGCCGGGUCAACACGCACGAGCCUUGA